GCAAGCAAGCAAGCAAGCAAGAUGUUGCUGCCACAGCUUCGCGGUGGUGUUCGUGCGUUGAGCACGACGACGCGCCGCCAGCUCUCUUUCUUCGGGGACACACCUCCACCGCAGUCGCGGGUGUUGAAUCAGGUCCCUGCCUUGGAGAACUUUGCUGCGUUUGAGUCGGAUCCAAUUCUUCAGUCGUGCGUCAGCUUUUACGGUGCAGACUUUGGAACGGAGCAAAUCUCCUAUGUGGGCAAGCUGGCCGGCAGCCAGCACGUGGCUGAGCUCGCACGCGACGCCAACGAGAACAUCCCGGUCUUCCACUCUCACGAUCGGUUUGGCAACCGCAUUGACUUUGUCAAGUACCACCCCGCUUAUCAUGAGAUCAUGAAGCUUGGCAUCGAGGCUGAAAUCCCCUCGUACUCCUGGCGCAACGCCGACAAGCGCGGCAGCGCCGUCGCGCGCUCUGCUCUCGGCUACCUCAUGUACCAGGCCGAGUCUGGCACCCAGUGCCCGCAGACGAUGACCUACGCAUGCGUGCCUGCCCUGAAGCACAUGACUGACGAGCAGCGCUCCGUCUGCGAUUUCUUGACGAAGGCCAUCACGCCCGAGUACGAUCCGCGCAACGUUCCCGCCACGGAGAAGAACGGCAUCACCAUUGGCAUGUCCAUGACAGAGAAGCAGGGCGGCUCUGAUGUGCGGGCCAACAUCACGACUGCAAAGCCCGUUGACGCCAACAAGACAGGGCCUGGUUCCGCUUAUUUCCUCAACGGUCACAAGUGGUUCACAUCGGCGCCAAUGUGCGAUGCCUUCCUCACCCUCGCCCAGACGGAGAACGGGCUGUCAUGCUUCAUUGUACCGCGUUGGGUUCCCUCAACCGGCGAACGAAACGAAGGACUGCGAUUCCAGCGCCUCAAGAGCAAAGUUGGAGACCGGUCGAAUGCAUCGAGCGAGGUCGAGUACCACAACGCAUACGCAGAGCUGCUUGGGCCCGAGGGCCGCGGCAUUGCAAUCAUCCUCGAAAUGGUGCAGAACACAAGGCUGGACUGCCUCGUCGGCACUGCUGGUCUCAUGAAGCGCGCUCUCUUUGAGGCCGUCAACCACACCAGCCACCGGUCUGCGUUUGGAUCUGUUCUGCUCGACACGCCACUCAUGCGCGCCGUCGUUGCCGAUCUCACGAUUGAGAGCGAGGCCGCAACUGCACUUGCGUUCCGCAUCGCGUCCACGUUUGACGCGCAGGCCUCCGAAUACGACAAGGCGCUUGGUCGCAUUGCCACCGCCAUUGCAAAGUACCACAUCUGCAAGCGCGCGCCCCAGUUUGUGUAUGAGGCCAUGGAGAGUCUUGGCGGAAACGGGUAUGUGGACGAGGGCCCGAUGGGCCGCCUGUACCGCCAGGCCCCGCUCAAUGCCAUUUGGGAAGGAUCCGGAAACGUCAUUUGUCUCGAUGUUCUUCGAUGCUUCCACCGCGAGCCAGACGCUGUUGAGGCGCUGAUGCACGAGCUCUCAUCGCUCGGUCACGUCGAAGAAUACGGCCGCAAGUUCAACAAGCUCAAGGCUGAGAUUGAGAACAUUGGGCAGAACCAGGGCCGUCUCCGUAACAUUGUCGGCACCGCCGCUCUUCUGCUGCAGGCCGUCGCUCUGUCGCGCACCAGCACGGAAGCUGUUGUGGAUGCUUUCCUCAAGACACGGCUGUCUGGAUCGCCAACGCGCCUUGAAUACGGUGCGCUGGAGCCGGGGUGUGACGUCGAUGCAAUCAUCACCCGCAGCAACACCAUCGUCAAGCCAGAGGCUGCCAGCACAACGCACGCCUGGAACCCGCUGCAGCAGUCGACACGGCGCCUGCACACGUCCGCCCACCGCUGCCACGCAAGUGCAACAACGACGACCACCACCACAGCAUCAUCGCCCACACACCCGCGCAACCUGCCGUUCUCCACGGCGGAUGAGGUGAUGGAGCGUCGCGCUGCCGGGGACUGGGACUGCCCCACGUGUGGUCGCCUCAACUUUGUGUAUGCGACAAAGUGUCUUUGCGGACACGCACGCGCAUCUGAAGAGCACACGCGCGACGGCGAUUGGCAGUGCGGGUUCUGCGGCGACAAGGUGUUCUCGUACAAGCGCUUCUGCCGCUGUGGCGAGCCAAACCCAGACCUGCUGUGAUACGUUGUGACGAAUGUGCGCCUGAUGUGACGUGUGCCAGCACCAAACACCGCACAUCACCACAUCACGGCUAAAGUUGCGCCCACAUCAACACAUCGAAGCCCACAGUCAUGCCCAAAAUCCUUUGUUUUCCGUCUGUUGUUGCUUGGCGACGCGUACGCAUUGUUGAUUCUCUUUCUUCCACGCCGCUACGCUGUCUCGUUUCUUCAUCCAUCCCACACCACCUCUCAACACCCUGCGCAUGCACCACGUUACCACUCUGCCAUACAUGCACACCCGAAUGCCAGUGAGUCCACAACGAAGAGUCUCACAAUCACAUGGCUGCGAG